AUGCCUCCGCCCUACUCGGGCCCAUCUCACGCCGCCCUCGAGUCUCAUGUCCAGCAACAGCAGCAGGGCGCGGUGCCACUGGGCCCGCAGUAUUAUCCCGGCCUGCCGGCGAUAGACUAUCGGCAAUAUCUGCCGCCGCUGUUUGAAAUGUCAACAGACACCACAACAAUAACGAGCAAGGCCAGCUACUUGUCCCAAAACCCUGGAGCCCUGGCCGGAUUGGUACGGACAUUAGCCGCCGUCCCGCCCAAGCCCAUGAUCACGCUGCAAGGCAAGCGAGGGAACAAGGUCGACUUCAACGUCAAGCUGAAUCUCUUCAACCUGCUCGUUCCUCGGGAUCCCGGCUUACGAAUGGACUAUCUUCGCUUGGUUGGGUCCGAUGAAAUGGCGUUUCGCGGCGGCGCACAGGCUGCACUGAAGCCGGACCUGACGUCUGACGGCGGGCUCGAGGAGUGGUGUGACCGCUUCUGCAAGGACCCGGCGACUGUCAAAACCUUUAUGCUCGAGCGCGUCGUGGCGAACCUUGACACCAACUGGCUCGAGGGUCAACUGCGGAGUCUGGUCGCCGCUACGGAAUACAAGGGCGUCGUGACGGUCCAGUUUCCCAUAACCCACGCCAAAGUGAUUGUGCAGAACCCGGACAAGGUCAAUAAGUUCUUCACAAGUGUCACCACGCUCUUCGCGGGCAAGGCGAAGUAUGAGGUCGUCAAGGCCGUUUGGCCGUUCGCAACGGCCAGGAAUGGGGACUCGGGCCGCAAGGUGCUUGUGCAGAGCGAGAAAACGUGGUGGGAAGAGUGGAAAGAGCCGAUUCGGUACGCGGUCGUGACAAAGCGGCAUGGCUGGAUCACCAACGAGGACAAGCUUGAGUUCAUCAUGGAGGGCAAAGGGAGGCAGAUGCCUGGAAUCAACUGGGAGGAAUACUAA